CUUUCUAUAAACCCUAGAAAAUCGGGUUAAAAUUCUGCGAUUAUUUUGCUUCCGUGCUUCGCCUUCUCGUGUUCAUCUCAAGUCAAAUCAGCAAUGGCGUUCUUCAGUAAGUUUGGGAACUUACUCAAGCAGACUGCAACCAAGCAGCUCAAUGGUCAGAGCUCUUCAUCAAGCCCGUCAAUUUUCCAAGCGAUAAGGUGCAUGUCAUCUUCAAAGGUCUUUGUUGGAGGUAUCUCGUAUAACACAGAUGAGCAAAGCUUGAGAGAAGAGUUCAGUAAAUAUGGUGAUGUCGUUGAAGCUAGAGUUAUUGUGGACCGUGAAACGGGUAGGUCAAGAGGCUUUGGCUUUGUCACAUACACUUCUUCUGAGGAAGCCUCUAGCGCUAUCCAGGGAAUGGAUGGAAAGGAUCUCCAUGGUAGGUAUAUUAAAGUGAAUUAUGCAAACGAAAGAUCAGGGGGUUUCCGAAGUUCUGGGUUUGGUGGUGGCUAUGGAGGGGGAGCCGGUGGCUAUGGAGGGGGAGCCGGUGGCUAUGGAGGCGGUGGAGGCGGCUAUGGAGGCGGUGGAGGCGGCUAUGGAGCUGCUGCUGGUGGUUUUGGUACUGGUGGCUACGAAGGUGGUGCUGGUGGCAGCUAUGGGGGCAACCCUGGCGGCUAUGGAGCUGGUGGUGGCUAUGCAGCCGGUGGAGGUGGCGGAUAUGGAGCUGGUGGUGGUGGAGGUUAUGGAGCCGGUGGCUACAGUGGCAGUGGUGGUAGCAGUGACAAUUACGUCCAAAGUGGCACAGGUGGAGCAUACGGAGGCGGUAACUCUCAGUUUGGUGGUGACUUCCAUGGCAACCAGGUCGGUGGCAGCAGCUCUCAGUCCGGCGGUAACUUUGGAGGCAGCGACCAGUUUGUUGUCGGCAGCGGCAGUAGUGGCGGAUUUGGCGGCGAGGAUUUUGGCGGCGGGGAUGUUGGCGGCGAGGAUCAAUUAGGAAACAGUACGGAGAAUAACAACAGCAACGUGAAUAUGGGAGAUGAGCCAAUGGACGACAACGAUGUCGCCAAAAGAGCUUGAAGAUUCAGAACAUGGAUCAUGAACUAAAUGAAUCUUUGAUAGAUUCAGAUUACGUUUUUUUAUCGUUAAACCCCUGCAUUGCACUCUUUCCUGUUCUUGUUCCUGGUUCUAUAUAUUUGUUGUGUUACCUUAUCUUUUCUAAUGGAUAAUCUGGAAAACAUUAGUUUUUGUGCAAUGGGAAAAAUAAUUGUAGCUAA